UCACCCCCUUAGGUCGAAAGAGGAAAGUAUCUUGGCGAAGUGCCUGUCUCGCGUUUUUUGCAUAUCGGUGAGUGUGUUAUUUUUCAAAACAUGGGGAGGUUAAUAAUUUGAAUGGAAACGUUAUUUAGUAAAAUAAUAUGUGGGAUCUAAGAAACCGUGAUAUUGUUGCGUUGGUAACUGUGACAAGUGGUUGGGCAGUACUGUUGAACAUAUUUGGCACGUACAUUGGGUCGACGUUAAUAAUCGGAUUGGUAUUGUGUGGUUGGUUAAUUUACAACGGUGGUUGUGACGAUACGCUGUUGUCGCCGCACGUUUUUCUAGCUCUUGAUUGUUUGAAGCAAGCAGCCAGUGAGACGUAUCGCUUCCUAGCGCACAUUUGCCAACAGUUUAUACUUGAUAUCAUCAUUUUUAAACGUAAUCUUCGACAUCGUUAUCGUGUUAACAUUGCGGACAGAAUGGCACAAAGACGACGAAGCACUUAUCAGCUGAGUUCUGAGAUUCACUCCAGUUCGCGAAACUCCUCAGGACACAGUCUCCUCGAUAAUCCAAGUCCAAUUGCCAGAAGGGAUUUUCGGAAUUUCGAUAAUUUCACUAAUCUUCAAAGUACUCCGUAUCUCCAUACCGAUAGGACAGUCUCAGAACGAACAAGUUCGUUGGAUCUGUAUACUUCAACACCAUUCUCAUCCUGGAAAAAAGAAGAUGCCGAAAACGGUGAUGUUUCAACCGCUAAUGAAACACGCAGUGAUUCAAAUACUUGGAAAAAUUCUCAAACUUUCACACAAAAUUAUACUGUUUCCAAAGAUGAUAGAACUAAUUACAGUCCCAAAGGUUCUCCAUGGGGAAUGAGUAUUAGCCCAAAGAUGAGACUCAGAGCUACUGGUAUCAAAACUGUUCAGACUAUUGCCGGACCUCUUUUGGCUUCUACACGCUACAACAUUGAUCCCAAGGUGUAUUCGGACGUAACAUCACCGGGAUUGACAACGCGUUUGACGAAAUACGCAACGGAGGCGAACACAAAAUUGACCCAUCAAUCACAGUACGGAACAGGUCAAUUUCCACGAGUGAAUUUGAAUUCAAGUCCACUGCCUCUGAUCAACGCGAAAACAGGCGGCAAAACGCGAAUGACGGUGACAGUGAGAAUAGCGCCGCCGGAAACUGGUCGAAAUGUAAAAUACGAAAGAAAGCAAAUAUUAUCAGAAAUAUGCCAAGCAGAAAAAAAAGAGCAACAACAGUCGAGUGUAGUUCAGGUGUUGCGCGAAAUAUCAUUAAAAAGACAUGCAUCAAGAGAGGAUGUGACGUAUGAGACAGCGAAGAAACAAAGAACGGAGGGUGUUCAUAGCGAAGGUUUAGAGAAUUUGGAUGAAAUGAUGCAGAAGCGGGGUAGAGAUGAUUCGUCAAAAUCCGAAGAGGAGGUAUCACCUCAUGGCAAACCAUUGCGGCCAGCCAAAAGAUCGAAGAUGCCUUCGUGUCAUGAUAUUCUGAGUUCUUUGAGCUCGAGCAUCAACGUUUCAUCAGGCGUUAAGAGAAAAGCCCUGGACGUAUCAAGAAGUGGCACUCCUGAAGUUGGUAAACACUUCAAAUCAUUGGAUUCUAGUCACAGCGAUAUUGAGGAUUAUACUACUUGUCCAUCGCGGAGCAUCUCCGAACCAACGAAAACGAGCAAACUCCUGCUGAACGAUUCGGCAACUCAAAUUUUGAAUCUCGAACGUCCAAACAAAAGAUCUCUGGAAUCGUUUCUUGAAAACGUCCUUUCAAAGUCUCGUUCGCCCGCUGUAGCAGUUUCAAACACUGCCGCUCCUCUCGAAGCAACCGGUAUGCAGCGAGAGAUUUUGAAACUACAGGUUCAACCACCGACGGUGCAAGAGGAGGUACCAGUGGUACCAGUUAAAUUGGCCGAAAAAUUAUUCAUGAAAGCCAAACCGGAAAAUAUUGAUAAAAUUAAAAUUCUGAUUGAGGAACAUGGCUCCGUAAAGCCGCGCUUUGCCAAUGAUUCUAUCAAUGAGAUUAAAAAAUCCGAUAUAAUGAACAUGCGACAGACAAGUAUGAAAAAUCGUUUGAAAAGCAUGUUCGAAGCCAUUUCCGGCAAAGGAACGAGUAAGAUCAACCCUGAAGUCGUUAUUCAGGCUGAGGAUAAAUCUGCGUCUUCUGAUUCUAUAAUCGUUAGUCUCAGUUCGUCGACUUCAACGACUAAUGUCAAUACAAGCCCUAUUGCAACUUCGGCCAUUGUUCCUAUCAUUGGUAAAUUUAAACCAACAACGACACCCGCAAAACACGUAUCUUUCCAAUUUACCAACAACGAUACGUCAUCGAAAUCAAGCAGCAACUUCGAAAAUUCUCAAUUUUCACCCCAAGAAGCGAAAAAUUUGGAACACUCUAGGCUCGUGAAAACCUGUUUGGCCAAUAAGAAUAUUGUUGAUUCAAAACUAGCUACGAGUCCGUUAUUCACGUCUGUUACGACAAGCCCUUCAAAACCUGUCAGUCAAAUUUCAUUCCCGGUUUCCACCCAAUUAACCGAAACGCCAACUCCGACCGGCCGUCCUGCCGUCGUCGUAUCUACGACGACAUUGACGCCACAGCACAAUUCCAGCACUAUUCCGAUGUUCGAAAUUCCAACAACAACAGCAACAAUAACAACAACAACGAUUACUACGAAAUCUGAUUGCACCUCAUUUUCGAGUUCCCAGCCCAGUGAGAUGAAUCAGUCAACGGUGAACUUUUCGUUUGGUGUUUCUAAAAUUGAGAAUCCGGCAUUUAUCGAUCAAAUUGCUGGCUCAUCAAGAAAUAUACAGUCACCAGUGACUUCGGAAGCCAGAAGCAACGAAACUGGAUCCGCGCUUGCCCCGAUUAUAGUCCCUCCAACAAAGCCCACCAGUGUUUUUAGUUCUGAUUCAACGAUCAAAUCGACCGUGAGCGAAGAAAUAUCAUCUACGGUAAGCUUGGUGGAAGCAUCGUGCAGUGCCAAUAAAGGAGCUGCUAAAAGUACCUCAAUGGGUUCUUGGGAAGGGGCUCUCGCAGAAGAAAAAGUAGCGGUACAAAAUCAAAGUUUGCCGUUUGAAGAAGUGCCAUUAUCAGGGCCUGCACUCAAAACUUCACCUGGAUUCAAUUUCGUAAAAAGAACGACAUCGGAUAUACUUUUUGGAGCAUCGGGCGCGAGCACCGGAUACUCGGCGUUAACGAAUACAACCACUUUUCCGAUGGGAGGCAAUUCAACUUUAUCCGCAACAACGAAACCGGCAUUUUCUUUCGGGGUUACAACUCCUGUGACUACUUCGUUAGCUACAACUUCGUCCAGCGCUCCUUCUCUGUCUUUUGGUGUUACGAGGACAAACUCAUCAAUUUCUAUAUUCGAGGGAGUCGCCUCGACGAUUACAUUGGCUAAUGCACAAUCGAAUAUUUUUGGAACUCAAACUACGACCUCUUCAUUACCGGGGCAGUCGAACCUGUUUGGAAAACCUGUGACAACUGUUGCAAGUGCGACAACAACAACGCAACCAAGUAUUUUCGGAACACCGACAGCAACCGCGUCUACAAUGACGAUCCAACCAAGUAUUUUUGCUUUCGGAACUGAUAAUGGUGGACAAACGACAUCCUUUUCUAAUACCUUUAGUGGUACAUUACAAAAACCGAAGCAGCCUGAAACUGGUGAUGGUACCACGAUUGCUGCUGCCUCUUCUUCAUCUUCGAUGACGUUUGCCUCAACUUGUAAGACUUCGGCUCCCCUCAAUUCCGUUAAUAAAGAAUCAAACGCGCUCACGUCCGCGACUCUUCUAACUUUCGGAAGUAGCGGCUUCGGCCAAAAACCUACCUCGGCGAGCUUCGGCAACGAUGCACCGGUGCCGGGUUUUACCACGAGUACCGGAAACACUUCUUCUCUGUUUGAGGCUCGUGCAAACGGAACUUUUGGCGCCGCAUCUCUUGUCCCCCUUGGAACCACCGGCUCCGCUCCGAGUUACAGAUUUCCGAGCAGCGUAACAUCAACGCCAGCUUUCGGCACACCAAAUACAACACCACCUACUUUUGGCGCUUUUAAUACCUCUACGACAAGCUUCGGCGCGAUAACUACAGCCGCCCCAACUUUUGGAUCGCUCAACACAACAACCCCAACCUUUGGUACACCCAAUCCAAGCACCGUUACGAUCGCCCAUCAAAAUCCCCCUGCAAGCUCAAAUUUUAACUCUUCUAACAACACUACUUUCGGCGCCACCGUUACAACUCCAUCGGUUUUCCCUUCAGUCUCAACUUCCACCGGUUUUGGUACUUCUAUCGGAAGUACUACAUUCGGCACGUCGACCAAUCCACCAACCGCUUUUAGCACCGCCAAAACUUUCACAAGCUUCAGCUCUCCGCCGACCAAUACGGCGAUGCCUUUUGGCAUUCAGACAUCAGCGCCGAAUUCGUCUUUUGGUUCUGCUGUAGUAACACCCAGCAGUACCGGCUUCGGUGCCAAUGUUACUAACAGCAACAGCAAUAACGACGGACACAAUUCCAGUACUACCUCGAGUUUCACCUUUGGCGCUUCUCAAUCUAAUCAGCCGCCACAGCAACCUCAGCAACAAAAUGCUAUUUUUACUUUUGGCGGGACCUCGUCAACGUCCUCCAAUAAUACAACCUCUGGAUCGUCUACUUUUCAAUUCAAUUCAGCACCACAACAAAAUGGUGGUUUCAAUUUCACUGGAGCACCAACGGCACCGGCAAUAAAUUUUUCGAAAGACAGUGCUUCGGGUAGUUCGUUUGCUCUACCGACACCAGGAGCAGGCUCAUUUAGUCUGCCACCAACGACCGGUGGAAUGUUCAGUAUAGGCACGGGUUCAACGGCUCCUCGAUCAAGACCGAGCAGAAGACGACAAAGAUAGUGGCGAAUGUAAAACGAAAAAAAAACGAACCAAAAACAAGAUAUUGUAAAAAUGGAAAGUAAUCCCGUUUCGAUCGGUAACACCGAUCACGUAAUGUAUCAAUGAGAUAUACACGCGAGCGUUUUCCAAACCUAUAUUCACGCACGAUUUUUUCGUAUUAUUUUCGAAAGAAAUUUAAAACAAAUCACGUAUAUGAAUCUUCACAGUACCGACCGCCAAUAUCCUCGAUUAUUUAAAUCACUACUCUCUCCAUUUUCAUUUUGAUGAUUUUUCAUUGGCAAUAUAACAAAAGAUAAUGAUCGAUUUUUUCAAGGUCGACUUAUAUGUGGCUUUCGUAAUUGCGGAAAACUUUUCUGAGCUCGUUAACCGAUUUUGGAUAUUUGGAUAAUAUCGAACCCUUUGUUCGAUAUUACAAAUUAUCGGUUCCACGUGUUUUGCAACCUCUUUUUUAGGCGAAUAUUUUUGUCAAUUUAUUUAGGCCUUUUUGAUCGAACUGAUAUUUCGGCCUCCCCCCAAUAAUAGAUAACGAAUAAUUCGAAGUAUCAAUGAAGUGGAUGUUGCGAAAAUCGGGAAUAUCUAUGAGACAGCUUCAUAAAGUUUUGAGAAUUUUCCGAGUCUCGUCUUAAUCCAAUCUACUUUAUUAUUAUUCAAUCGUAAAUGACGAAAAAUAAAAAUAAAAAAAAAUGCCUCAAUCUUGUUAACAAUUUUGUUAUACGAAAAUAUUAUAUGAACGUUCAAAUUAUGAAAUUGCGUUCUUUGAGAGCUAUUCGCAAGAAGAUGCAGAAAAACAAGUCCAAUCAGAAUUGAUUUUCAUAGAAUUUCGUAGAAUCGUAAGUAUUUUUGUUUCACUUUCUUCAACUUUAUAAUCCUAACUUAAGCGAAAUCCCAAGUGUUUGAGUAAUACAUUAUAUUACGAUGAAUGAAAACUGUAGGAUAUGGGAGGAUUAAUAGUAAUAAUAAAUCAUUUUCUUGUACUACACAUGUUACCAACGAUAAUUUAUUGACAUUCCGAUUUUAAUUGACGAUUCAUCUGGAAUAUUAUGACAAUUUUGAAUAACAGUUUCAAAUUACGUUUUGAGUUCCUCCCAUCAAUUUAUACAUUUUAACAAAGCUAUUUACUAAGUACCAUUUGUUUUUUCAUGCGUUGAAAAUUUUUACUUGAUCGUUUUCUUCGGUAUAUUUCUUUGUUCUAUCUAUUCAUUUUCUUUCAUGUCCGUAUUUCAUCGUUGUUUCGCCACAUUAUUGUACUAAAAAUUUCUCAUCAAUCAUACCCAUUUUUACAAAUAUAUCUCUAUACGUUAUACUCGCUAGCUUUUGUGUUAUAAUACGAAUGUAUUACGAAAAAAUACGCCCUCUGUUAACAAUAUUUUUCACAUAUUGGACGUUUCGUUUCAAUUAUUUAUAAAAAUUCUAUUUUCAUUCUAGUUCCUUUUCGUCUCUAAAAUGAUUGCUGCAAGUGAUUCAGAUAGUACGUCAUUGACUCCGUAGUAGAAAUUCAUUACGAGUCCUUUUGGGCUACAUAAAAAAGAUUGGGAGUUCUGUGGGAUAAUUUUUGUUUUUUGCGAGUGAAGCGUGUACAUUUUUUACAAUAACAAUUAUACGAGAACUUGUACGUUAUAGAAGAAAAUUACUGUAAUUCAUGAUGAGUAAUAAACGACGUUGAAUAUUA